UCACCUCCACUGCACACCUCCGCUGCCCAGGCUGCUCUCCUCCCACCGCCUGCAUGACCCCCGACGCCCCGUCGCGUCCCCUCCACCCCUCCCCAGCGCCGGCGACGGUCGCUUGAACGCAUCCCCCACGAUGAGCACUUCCGCCGCCGCCGCGCUCCCCCGCACGCCCCUGCGCAGGAGCCCGCCCCCGCUCAGCCUCGACGACUGCGGGCCCAGGGCACCCGCCGUCUUUCACCCCGCGUCGCCGCCGACCAGCCCCGGCGCCGGCGCGACGUCCUUCGUCUUCACAUCCUCCCGCACGAAGCAGUGGCCCUCCGCCAGUACCAGCCCAGACGCCGUCCCCCCGCCCGCCCGCCGUCCGAGGACACCCGUGUCCGCGACGGCGUCCACGUCGACCAACAGCACCGUCCGCAGCCUCCACAAGCCCGCGCUGACCGCGACGCAGCUCGCCCGGCACAGCGAGGGCGCGACAGACGCUCGCAGGCUGCUCGGGCCCAACAUGCGCGCAGCUGGCUUCGUCCAUCUCUCCGACUCCGUGGGCAGGUCGAGCGGGAGCAGUGCUGCAACCAGCCCCGCGAGCUCGCCGGGAUGGCAGGAGAUAGCUGGGCCGAGUAACUACAUGGGGUCGGCUCCGGUGCAGCUCACACCGACAGACCCGCCGCCCUUCCCACCGCUCGUGUUCGUGCCCUCAAGCGCCGUCAAGCAAAUGAGUAUGUGGGAGUACCAGAAAUGGCCGCCGGGCCAGACACCGGGGCUCUCCUCCCCGCACCAUCCGCACUUUCCCUCCAACAUCCCCGCCGAGACCUUCCAUGCCCGUAGCGUGAGCGAGGGCGCGGCCGCGGCGGCAAUGGGACUCGGCAUCACCCCCGCACGCAGCCCCUCGCACUCCCCGCAGUUGUUCAGCUCGUCAGAGUUCAACGCCGUCCCUGCGCCGUCCCGCUCGACAUCGUUCUCGGCGUCGAGGAGGCUUCUCUCACCCCUGAGCGCGAUGGAGAAGGGCAAGGAGCGCGAGCGCGAUGGCCUCGACGAGUACCCCUUCCCACGGGCCCUCCCGUCGCCCAGCUCGCACUCGUCGGGGUCGGGUCAGCGGAGGCUGAGCGGUGCGCACUCGCGCAGGAGCAGGGACGAGUCGCCCGAGCUCGCGAGCAACGCGGCGUGGGCGCGCGAGCCGGGCAAGGCGAAGCUGCGCGCGAAAGACAAGAACGUGAACCGCGACAAGCGCACGGGCGACCGCGUUGCGGGCCUCAUCGCGGAGCGCGUGAACGCCCCGCAGCCGCACGCGCGACCCGCCGCGCAUAUCGUGCAGCCGCACGCGCCGUCCGCGGCGUACGCGCUGAGCGUGACGGAGCUGUGCGAGCCGGGGUUCGCGUGGUCGACGCCGAACGUGGACGUGUUCUCGCCUGCGCUUCGUGCAGGUGCACGGGUGAGCGGCGAGGGCGCGCCGAGCCCGCCAGAGCGGGAGGACGUCGUCGAGAAGGCGGAGGAGGAGCAGGGCGCGCCGAAGGAGGCCGUCGUUGCACCAGCGGAGGCUGCGUUGGUUGAAGAGGAGGUGGAGGCGCAGCGGUUGGUAGAGCACGAGAGGGAGAAGCGGAACCACAGGGACCACCGCGACCAACGCCACGCGGAGAAGAAACACAUCGCCGUGCUCGUCGCGGCGCACCGCGAGCGCGACGAGGACCACGUGCGCUAUGUCGCGGCGGAGCGCGAGAAGGAGCGCGAGAAGGGGAAGGAACGUGCGGUGCGGCGGUCGCCCCAUGGCAGCCCGAAGGGCAGCGGCCGCUCGUCGCCUGUCCACGAGAAGCCGGAGCGCGAGCGGACGUCGCCGAAGCGCAGUGGGCGGACGAGCCCCAAGGAGAGGGAGCAUCGCGGAAGCGAGAGGGGGCGGACGUCGCCUGGGCACAAGGAGCGCAAGUCUAGACGACAGUCGCCCAAGCUUGCGAUGCACAAGACGAAGAGCAUCGUGUCGGACAUCACGAACGUGAGCGACGCCGAGACCAUGGUCGGCGACGCUAUUGCCGGCGACAUACUUGUGGCCUGAUCCUCCAUAAUUCUCGUUCACCCCAUGUAUUGGCUUCCCUCUCGGCUUCGAUACCUUCAGAAGUUCAGUCCUCAAGAUUUCCUGCUUCACUCGCGCGCAUACAGCCACACAAGCUCGUAUCUACUCCGGCCCGAAGGCCGGUGUGUACGUAUCUC